AUGUCUUAUACUCCAUUUUCAGACAAAUAUAACGAAGUACCUCAAUCAGAAGAUGGUGAAGGAUUACUAUCACAUACACAACAAAAUUAUAAACAACCACCCAGACGAAAUAACAUACUUUGGUAUAUCCUAUCAAUACCGGUGAUAUCAUUAUCGUCAGUCGUUUUUGGUAUAUGGAUUGGUGCUCGGUUUGUGGCAAACCCCGCCAAAUUAUGUCCAUCAUAUGUGCAACAUUAUUCUCCUAUACUGAAUGAUAUUGAUACUUCAUAUCAACCAGUAAUGUUCAAUGGAUCAUUCAUGAAGGAAAAUGCGUUUAGAUUAAAAGCAGGCCCUGAAGUGGAUGAAGCUUGGGGAAGCUUAGGAGUACAUUAUCGGAGUUUGGCAUUACCAGCUAGCGAAGCAGAGAAAUCCGGAUUAACAUCAGCUCAUGUUCAAAUAAACGAAAAAUAUGGAGGAGGAUUUCCCGUAAAUUUGGAAGGACUACAUCAUUUACAUUGUCUUAAUCUUGUAAGACAAUCGCUAUAUUACAAUUACGAUUAUUACCACGAAAAAGGAGAAGGAGCAUUCGUGAAUGAUGAUAAUGUUGUUCAAUAUCACGUCUAUAUCAUCCGCCAACAACUCAUGUGCCAAGUUGACACGGGCGUCCUUGGUCAAGUAUGGUGGGAUAAAUCCAAACCCCAAGCAUUCGUCGACUUCAACACCGAACAUAAGUGCAAAAAUUUCGACGCCAUCAGACAAUGGGCAGAGGAAAGACAAAUGCCUGCAGGUGGUCCUCCGGAUUUCUUACAAAAACCAAAGGAAAGUGAUGUUCUUGAAUCUAUACCCUAG